AUGUAUAAAUCAGGUCUAAGAGCUGCAUUCAAGCCUCCACGGCGCAUAGAUCUGUCUCAAACAUCAUCAGAUGCGAAAUCAAGUUCUCCUGCCCCAAUUAGUCAAAAUGCUAAUGCUGAAGUGUUAAAAGAUAAAGUAGGCACAUAUCGCCCAGCAUCCACCGAGCUGAGUCGCCAGGCAUUCAAAAGACCUAAGGUCAAUUUAAAUCCUCUGGAAGCUGAUAAUUCGUUCACUCCCUCAAAUACAGACUCGAAAGAUGAAAAACUGGUAAAAAUGUAUAUGGUCCAAUGGAGAAAAUUCACUAACAAAAAGAAUAAAACGUGGGAUGGAGACGGUUUAAUUGUUGUCAGUGAUUCGGGCAUUACUUUCAAAUGCGAUGUCAAAGGCAAUGGGAACUAUAAGCAAAUGGGUAAGACUUCAAAAACCAAAACAGACGGCAUAAUCACGGUGGGAUCCUAUGAACUAGAAAUAGAUUACGAGAUUACAGACAAAGAUAAGGCUGAUUUAAAGAAUUCUCAGGACGUGGGACAAGAGAAUAAAGUUCCCCUGCAUCAUAUACCAGCACCACCUCGAAAUCAAUUUAAAAAAGUAGUACCGCUAGGAAUUUCAAAUGCACUGAGUACUGCUAGGGUAUCAACGACCAAUAGAACCCUGCUUCAUGAUCCGAAGGCAGAGAACUCUCUUACUAUGACAAGACCACCCAACAGAAAGCCUGAGGAUAUCAUCGAUGUAGUUGUGGACCCUGUUCUUUCAAGAUUGUUAAGACCCCAUCAACGUGAAGCAGUUAUAUUCUUAUAUGAGUGCUUAAUGGGAUUCAAAAACUUUAAAGGAAAUGGUGCAUUACUUGCUGACGAAAUGGGCUUAGGAAAAACACUCACUACUAUUACACUUAUAUAG